GUUGAUAUAUUAAUUUUUUUUACAAACAUGCGGAAGUUGUUAAUCAUCGUCUUCUGAAAAAGACGGAGUACUAGUAGUAGUGGUCGGUAAUGUUGCUACAAGCUGCCGCCCCAGGUGGUGGCGGUGGACAAAGCUCAGGUCGACCUCCCGAACUUGAACUGGACGGAUCCCAGCAGCUACCACCAACAUGGACAGCACACACGACCCGUGAGGGUAGAAUCUAUUAUUGCAAUCAUGUAACACAUGUUGCUGGAUGGCUACCACCGGCAGAAAAGUGGGAAACUGGUGAUUGCAGACAAAAUCUUCCUUAUGGGUGGGAGCAAGCCAUUGACGCUCAUGGAAAAUCGUAUUUUAUAAACCAUGUUAAUAAAACAACAACAUACGAAGCGCCAAUUGUUGAAACAUGGUCCUAUGAAGAAGUGCCUGUUCCAACACCACGUCAUGUAACGCUUAUCAGAAGUCCUACGUUAGGAUUUGGAUUUGUAGCUGGUUCAGAGAAACCAGUAAUUGUACGUUUCGUAACAGAAGAUGGGCCAAGUGUUGGGAAGCUACAACCAGGUGAUGAAAUCCUUAGUGUCAACGGAGAAGAUGUAAAAGAUGCACCACGAGAAAAGGUCAUUUCAAUGGUACGAUCUAGUGAAUCAAAUGUAGAUUUAGUAGUCUGUCAACCAGUAAGACAUAAUUACAUGUCAACAAUUGGACGUAAAAGUACGCUACUAAGUGCCAGCAAACGAGCUCGUCUUAAAGCUCGACCUAGUCGUGUUCGAUUUGCAGAAAGUGUAUGCGUGAAUGGUGCUCCAUUAUUUCCGCCAUCUGCAUUUUCACUCGGGGAAAUGUGUGCUCCACCAAUGGCGAAUGUUUUAAAAGUAUUCUUAGAAAAUGGUCAAACUAAAUCAUUUAAGUACGAUGCAAAUACAACUGUACAAGAUGUUGUGACAUCAUUGCAAACUAAAUUAUGCUUAAAUGCCACAGAACAUUUUAGUCUGGUUGUAGAACAUAUUAAAUCGUUGCGAAGAAAUAAAUUAACAUUAUUAGAUCCACAAGAUACAUUAGCAAGAAUAGCUUCAAGGCCUGGUGCUCAUAAAUUGCGGUGCCUUUUUCGUGUUUCAUUUGUUCCAGUUAGUGUUAGUAAUCUUGCACAAAGAGAUCCAGCUGCAUUGGAUUAUUUAUUUGCACAAUGCUGUAAUGAUGUUACAGCUGAACGUUUUGCCCCAGAAUUACAGCCAGAGGCAGCAUUACGCCUUGCUGCGCUACAUAUGCAUCAACAUGCCCUUGUAAAUAAUAUGCCGCCCACCAAAUUAACUGUUAAAUCUGUCGAACGUGAAUUUGGUUUAGAACGAUUUAUACCGCCAUCGUUAUUAGAAAAUAUGAAACGAAAAGAAAUUAGAAGAUUAAUAUCACAUUUUUUACGGUCGUAUUCAUCUUUGGGUAAUGGUGCGCCAAGUCAAUCUGGAGGUGGAAAGUCGUUAACACCUCUACAAGCUAAAUUGCUUUAUUUGGAUUUAGUAUCUCAAUUACCAAGUUAUGGUGCUAAAUGUUUUAGUACAGGGCCGCCAAGAAUAGCAACACCAACCGAUUGUAUAGAACGUGUUUUACUCGUCAGUCCACGAUUUGGAUUAAGUCAAAUUGCAGGCGGUCAUAAUAAUGUACCUGUUCCAAUAGCUAGACUAGAAGAUAUGAAGCACAUAGAAGUAAAACGUGAAGAUGACAUAAACAGUAUUGUGACAAUAACAAUGUCAAGUGAUCGAACACUCCUAGUAUCUUUAGAGGAACGUGAUGCAUGUGAAUUAGCCCUCGUAUUGCAAGGAUAUCAUCAAGUGUUAACCGGUAAAUUAUUACCAGUUGAUCGUGAACGAGAACCACCCGCAGAUGAUUUAGCCCCGCCAUAUCUAGCCCAACAUAAUGUUGUACCAGCAAAAUGGAGUUACAUUGAUUAUGAAACAUUACCCUUACAACGAGCAACGUUUAUCUCAUUACCCAAAUACCAUAUGGGAGGUGGGGCCACAACAAAUGGUUUUACUAAUGAUCAAGCAUACAGCUAUGACACAAUAAAACGUGCUAAUGCCAGUGUUGAUUUUAUAAAACCGUUAAACGGUAGUAUAUUCAAUAACGUUGACAAUAAUAUGAAUAAUCAAAUGUCGAAUAAAAAUCAAAUGAUUCACGAUUUUAAACCAGGAGGUCGUGCAGGAGGUUAUGACCUACAAAGUGUUGUAUCAAUGGAAAUCCUUGAAAGUGGUAAUAUUGUUGAAGCACGUAACGAAGAAGUAAUACGAAGGGUGCAGGAAAUGCAAGAGUUAGUUGAGAAUAGUGAACAAUAUUUAACGGAACAAGAACAGUAUAAUAAUGCUUCACGGAACGGUGAUAGUGGGGGUCAUUGGACUGAAACCAAUUUAGAUAUUGAGAGUGAUUCAGAUAGUCAAAUGAGUGGAAUAGAUGAUGCACCUGGAACACUUAAACACAGUGAUAGUCUAUUAUUACUAUCCCAGAAUCACUUAGAUAAUAAUAUAAAUCAUCAACAUAUGGAUUUAAGUGUUUUAACAGAUGCGCUACAAAGUGAAAGUGAUUCAGAAUCAUUUGCUACACCGAAUAGUUCCCCUAUACAUUAUAAUAACACGAAUAAUAAACCAAUUCGUACGAGUUUCGGUUUACAUAGUCCCGAUAAUAAUUGUAAAAAUGAACAAGAUCUUAAAGAAUAUCUACGUCAAUUACGUAAGCAUGCACAACUUGAUGAAAAUAUGUUAAACUUGGAGGAUGGUUUAGAUAUAUACGACUUAGAUCCAGAUAUAAUUGAUUUAACUCUCUUACCUCCGCCACAAACACCCGAUGAAUUAGAUGAUUUAGCAAAUAUUUCAAAUGCGUUGAAUGUACCUCCAAGUUCGUUUGCAGAUUCUCCAACAACUAACUCUCAAGCAAAUCGUGUCGUUGGUAAAUUUCAAAAUUAUAAUGAUAAUUGGAAUAAAUCUAUGUAUACUAAAAAUGGAUCAACUUACUCAAAUAUGAAUAAUUUUAAUUUAGACAAUAUUGAUUUAGAUGAAUUUUUGGCAAGUGUGGCUGUGAAACCUCCAACGCAACAAUUAACUCCUGCUGUUGAACUAACACCUGAAGAAAUUUUAUCGUACAUUAUUCCACCACCUCCUAGUUCUAAUGAACGGCCUAGUAUAUCGUCUUCGUCAACAACAUCCUCAUCAUCUACAUCACAGAGUGAUUCAAAUAACCAUGCGAGAAAAGCUCCAGAAUUGAAACGACGCAAUAGUGAUGUCCAACAAAAUACUAAUAUUUCCAUUGCAAAACCUGUUAUUGAUUACUCCACUGUAGAUCGAAAAGGUGCAUUUUCAUGUUGUGGUAAAGGAAAGCAAGAUAAAAGUCAAAAAGAGGAUACAGAAAUACAACCUCCACCUCGAAAUAGUAUAUCAGAGAUGAAACCUCCUGAUAGACCACCAAAAACUGUAGUAGAAAAUAGACAAAGAUCGAAUUCGUUUUCUAGUGAUGUUAAACCUCCUAUAUUGCCACCACGUGAUUCAAAUAACAUGCCAAAUGUACCUCCACAUUUAUUAUUACCUCCAAAAAAACCGCCAUUACCCCCAGUACCAUCUAUAGAAUUGCGUAAUAAAAUAAAGAGUCCAGCACCAAUUUUAAAGAAUCGAACAGCGGGUAUCGGUAGUCCACAUUUACAAAGAAAUCAAUACAAGGAUAUUGAGGAUGAAAUUGAAUCACCUCAGAGUGUGACAUUAUUUGUACAUGAUAAAAAACCGAUUCCAGCCGAUUCAAAGAAAGCUGUUAGUACGCCAACUUCACCUCAUUUAGGUCGAAAUUCAAAAUUAAGUUCAGUUGCAAUUGAACAGCUUGAUUUAAAUAAUACAAAUAAUCAUUUAACUACGAGUAGCCCGCACACAGCUCGUAAAGAAUGCUUAUAUAGAAAAAAUUCAUUAGAUCGUAAUACAUUCUCGAAUCACGUUGUCACGGAACACAGGAGAACAGCGUCGUCUGUGGAUCAGACGCCUAGCAGCAUGUCCGUAUAUUGUAAAAAUACAAAUAACGAUUGUAAUUCUACUUACAGUCAUGCAAGAUCUAAUUCAGAAAGUAAAACUGAUUUUUCACCUCGUGUAAGGGAAACUUUACUCACUAAAAGUGAUGUUGCUCUUGCUGGAUUAUUGGUACGUUUGGAUCAAAUUGCUGCGCAAUGUAGUGCAGCACAGGCUCGCGGUGGUGGUCGACAAAUGUGUGAAGACAGAUUUCAGAUGGCACGUGAUGAAUUGACUUCGCAAUCUCUACAAUUGGUAACUAGCAGUAAAUGUGUUGUAGUUUCAAUGGCUUGUCCAACAUCUAUUGAUUUACCAGAACAUCUAGCAGCCUGCUUAACAAUAUUGCGAAGGCUCACAGAAUUAUCACAAGAUCUUAGCGCACAUACAACUGCACCUUUGCAAACUCGAAAUCUAAUUUUAAAGGUUCAUAGUGUAACAUCCGCAUUUCGUGAUUUAAUAAGUGCAACAAUAGUAAAUACAUCACCAGAACAGUUAGAAGAAAAAUUAGCACAUCAUGCGGAAUGUUUAGCAAACGUUUUAGCAACACUUUUACGCAGUUUACGUGUAUUUUCUCCAUGA